AUGGGGCACAGGGACGAGAUCGUGCUCGCAGAUGUGAACUUCCCCAUGUCCUCCGUCUGCCGGUGCGACCCACAGGAGAUCCGCGCAGACUGCCUGGGCAUCCCCCAGCUCCUGGAGGCCGUGCUGCAGCUGCUACCCCUGGACAGCUACGUGGAGAGCCCGGCCGCUGUCAUGGAGCUGGUGCCCACUGACAAGGAGAGGGGCCUUCAGACCCCCGUGUGGGGGAGCUACCGGUCCAUCCUCUGCAAGGCGGGCUGUACGAGCCAGCUGGCCAAGAUCGAGAGGUUUGCGUUUUACUAACGGGCCAAGAAGGCCUUUGCUGU